AUGACGAGGAACUUCGGAACAGUUCUGGUUGAAGGAGGAUCUGGAAACGUAUAUUUCGGAACACUAGAGGAUGGCAGCGAAGUUGCUGUGAAGGUUUUCUUUUGCUUCUCAAUAAGAGGGUCCACGGAAUUCCAAGCCAAGGCAAAAAACCUCAGGGCUGUCGACCAUGAAAAUUUGGUUCCUCUGCUUGGAUAUUGUGAUGGCACCAAAACCAAGGCGCUAAUAUAUGAAUUCAUGGAUGGUGGAAAUCUGCGACAAAACUUAUCAGGCGACAGGGCAAAUUUCUGGACUUGGAGUAAGAGACUUCAAAUUGCCUUGGAUGUAGCACAAGGUUUGGAUUAUCUUCAUCAUGGUUGCUAUCCACCCAUCAUCCAUGGAGACUUGAGUGCUGCAAAUAUCUGGUUGAAUGAGAAAAUGCAAGCUAAAAUAGCUGACUUCGGUAUCUCAGCUUUUGAACCUCGAGCUCUUGAUUCUUAUCCAACUUGUCCUCUGGGCACUCCAGGAUACUUCGACCCUGAGUUUUAUCCAUAUUCAAGGUCUGACAGAAAAAGUGAUGUUUAUAGUUUCGGAAUCAUACUCUUUGAGCUAAUUACAGGACAACCGGCGGUGAUUAUGGAUCCAAGUUUACAAGGAAAGUUCAACAUUGACUCGGCUUGGAAAGUGGUAGAGAUUGCAAAGUCUUGUACACGACCAACUGGAGUAGAAAGGCCGGACAUAACUCAGAAUAUCAGAGCACAGCCAACUCAGAGAGAAUACUCUGCACAAUCUGGUGUUGCUGCUGUGAAAAAGAUCAGAGGAAGUGAAGCACGCAAGUCAGUGACAUUGCCAGCCACGUGUCUGCAUAAUGUUCAGAAUCAAUUGACUGGGAAAGCCACGAAGUCGGUGAUGAAGAUUUCAAACUCCACGUGCUCAACUCAGAAAGAAGAUCCUUUGCUGAAGAACAGUUAUUCAGUUUUAGCUUGUGUAACAGAUUAA